CUCUCCACGCUCGGGAUGCCUUAUGUGCCGGGCUCCGGCCUCACGCUCCCCGGGCGCGCCCUCAUUUCCCUCCGCCUCCCGUCCUGCCAGCCGGCUUCCCGGCUUUGGACCUGCCGGAGGGGGAGAAUCCGGGAGCGGGCGGGCUCUCCGCCUCCGCCUCCUCCCUGCUCUGUGCACGCCCACUGCGUGUGUAUGUGUGUGUGCGUGAGAGAGCCAGCACACACACAUACACACGCACAUACACACGCGCGCACACACGCGCGCACGCGCGCGAUAGCGGGGCGGGGAAGCCUGGCUCGGCUAGGAGAGCGGAGCGGCGCUGGUCACUCCCAGGACUUCGCUCGGCUCUCUCGGGCUCUCUUAGCGUUCCGGCUCUCGAGGGCGGCGCGCCCCGAGGCACGCAGGCGGCUCCCUGGUUUGCUCCCACCCACGGUCCCUCCCCUCCGGGGACAGGAUGAGUGGGCUGACAGCUCGCCAGCGUUUCUGAAGCCGGAGGAGGACGGACGGAGGAGAGAGCCGCACGCCCUCUCUCCUGCCCGCCGGGACCGGAGCAGAGCAGGAACCAUGAAGCCCGCUCCGUGGAGGAUCCUUCCCUCGCUGCUGCUGUGGCUCCUGCUGGAGUGUACAGAGGCCAAAAAACAUUGCUGGUAUUUUGAAGGAAUAUAUCCAACAUAUUACAUAUGCCGUUCCUAUGAAGAUUGCUGCGGGUCAAGAUGCUGUGUGCGGGCGCUGUCCAUACAGAGGCUCUGGUAUUUUUGGUUUCUUCUGAUGAUGGGUGUUCUCUUCUGUUGUGGAGCUGGCUUCUUCAUUCGCAGGAGGAUGUAUCCACCGCCACUAGUUGAAGAACCAACGUUUAAUGUAUCCUACACCAGGCAGCCCGCCAACCCAACAGCAGGAGCCCAGCAAUCAGGCAUGCCAUAUUACACGGACCCCGGAGGAGCUGUGAUGAACCCCAUGGCGAUGGCUUUCCACGUGCAGCCCAACUCCCCCCAAGGCACCCCCGUUUACCCGCCCCCACCGUCCUACUGCAAUACCCCACCUCCCCCCUAUGAACAGGUGGUGAAGUCCUCCAAGUAGUGGCGAUGGAAGGUCAGGAGAUUCGACGCUGUAGGAGGAAGGCAGCAUGGGGGAGUCCUGGGGAGCCGAGGGAGGGGGCCUCUAGUCCUUCUGCCCUCCCGGUCCCAUCAAUGUUAGUCUCGAGGAAUGAUCUUAUGGGCUGCCUGUAGGUCCGUUUCCCUUUGAUGUCUUCAAAGCAAGCACAAUAUCCCUUCCGAGGGUUUUAUGGAGACCUCUCUUUAAGUCGCAUUGUGUGUGUUCGUGUUUCCUGUUUAUUUAUUGUUUCUCUUUGUUUCCCGGGCUGAGUAUGUGGCUGUUUGGGGGUCUGUCGGAGCCCCUGCUCUUGGGGCAGCCCCACUCGGUGAUCGGGGGAGGAGGAACCCCAGAAUUAAAGGGAAAGCUAGCCCCGGCGUGGGAGGAUCUGGGAGGGGGACGGGUCUCGAUUUUAAAGGUAGCGAGGAAACGACUAAAAAGAAGGGGCCGGUAUUUCCAUGACAAGCUUUGUUCUGCUGGACAGAAAGGUGCCCCGCCCCAGGGACGCGCCCCUCGGCUCUGCCUUUGACCCAUCCUCGGGGGGAGAGAUGAGAUGUGUUCGUGCUUUUUCUUAUGAGAGCAGGAAGAGGAAGAGGAGGACGUCCAUCGCUUCACCUACAUUAAUACCCCAAACAUUUCAUUCUAGAAGUGGAAGGAGACUACAGAGCCUGAGGUCAUUUUUCAUGUAGGGUCGAGAUCAGAAUGAAAUCAGCCGCCCGCUCGUAGCCCGAGGUUCUCCAGAAAUCACUGAGGGAUUUGGGAAUUCCUACAAAAGCGUCUCUAGCGCUCAGCAAUGGGUGCAAAAAUGUCUUUGGGAAACCAGCUUCCCUUCACCUAGGGCGAAUUAGACUGUUUCCAUGAGAUGAUACAACGCCACCUUGUAGCCCUUCCCUAGGACUCCGGAUUGGAGGGAGAGGGAGAUCUCUUCAGACUAAUCUUGUGUCGCUUCCCCAUGCCCCCUCCCCGUGCCCAAAGCUCCCCCUGUUUCCAUCUUGGAGGCGUCACUGUUCUCUGAUUGGCCUUUGGGUAGAAACUGAUUAUCAUCUGCUAACUGAUCACUUCCAGAUUCAGAGGCAAUUAAUAAAGGGUAUUCUCUGAAAUUGUAGAAAAUGACCCCCUAAUGUUUUUUAAAAUGAUUUUUAUUGAUAGCUUUUGCUUUUAUAUCACCUACAUUUCCCAAUAAUCCCCGCCACACACAAGAGCUAUCCUUUAUAACAAAAAAUAGAAGGAAAACUAACCAACAUUGAAAAAAGUCUGGUUUUUUUAUGUAGUAUUCCACACUCAUAGUCUGCCAUUUCUGCAAAGAAGUGGAUCCCAUAGUGUUUUAUAUGGCUUUUGAAAGCAAAUAAUCAAAUUCCACAAAGAUAGGAACAUUUCUUGAAAAAACUCCACAAAAAACUAUCCUUUGUAACAAAGAAGGAAAACUAACCAACAUAUUGGAAAAAAAAAAAGUCUGUUUUUUAUGUAGUAUUCCACACUCAUAGUCUGCCAUUUCUGCAAAGAAGUGGAUCCCAUAGUGUUUUAUAUGGCUUUUGAAAGCAAAUAAUCAAAUUCUACAAGGUAGGAACAUUUCUUGAGAAAACUCCCAUCUCUGUCUUGUCAUUGCUAAUCUUGAGUGAACCCUAACUGAGGGCCAAAAAUUUCUAUUUCUUAAAUUAAUUUUCCUGGGAGCCUGUGACCACCCCAUCAUCACAACUCUGGCCCCCAAGUGUGAACAGUCAAUCAGCCAUGCAGAGACCCACCUAGGAGUCUUGGUGAUAGCACUUAUUUAGCUCAGAGGCAAGUAGCUUCUUAGGGAUCUCAGGUAUAGUUUCUGAGGCUCUCAAAUAGAGGAGUUUUAACAGGGAAAGAGAUGACAAUCCUGAGAUUACAGGUGGAGUUCUGAAAAGCACAAAAUCCCUAAGGAUUUUAUUUUCUCCUAUAGUUAAGUCAGUGGGAAGCCUGAGGUAGUCCACAUGUGAUUUAAUUCAGUCUCAGAAUAUGCUUCAAAAAUAUGACUCUGUGGGUAAUAAACAUUCACCUUUCUAGGUCCUAGUCUCCAAGUCCAGUCCUCAAAUAAAAUGUCUCUAUUUAGGCUUUUGAAUUUUCAUUCAACCCAAAUGUUGACCUGAUCUUAGUCCCAGACUGCCCAUCCCAACCACCAGGUAUUUAUUUUUUCCUUAUACAUGUAAAAUACCUUUUGAAACAAGUUUUUGAGGUUUGAUUUUUUUUUUUUUUUGAACCUUAGCAAAACUAACUCAGCUUCCUAUAUCCAUCUCUUUGGUAUUGGAGUUUCUAAUUUUUUUUUAAUGUCAUGGACCCCUUCUCAAGAAUAAUUGUUUUUUUUUUUAAUUCACAAUUUAAUAGUGACUUUUCAGUAAGAAGUUAGUGAUAAUAAAUUUAAUUUUUCCCACCCAAAUUUACAUUGUACCCCUCCCCCAGAUUAAGAACCCUGACAUAUGGGAAGUUCUACAUGCAGCAUUGUGUUUUGAAGGGACUCAUAUGUAUCUAAAGCAAAGUCUACUUUUGGAAUCAGAGUACUUUAGGGAAUUCUAUUUUGACACUGACAUGCUAAAAAAGAGAAGAAAACCCCAAUGGAUGGAGAUGAAAUUUGUCCUGCAAAUCAUAGUCAACUUCAGCUGCUUCAGGUUCCAGACCCUUGCCAAGCUGCCCCCAGACUUAUAUCCUGUCUUUGAAGAAAAGGACUACAUAAGGUUCCUGCCUAAGGAACCAACCUUUGGGGCAAAAUGUCUACUUUUUUCCUGGUUACAUGUGCAAAUAUUCAUAAAUGCAUAUAGACACAGACAUAUGCAUAUUAAAUUUAUACACACAUUUUGAACAAGGAAGCAAUGUUAUCAGUUGACUCCAGAUUCGCAGUCCAGCUGAAUAGUAAUCAAAACCCGAUAUAACCAUAAGGGGAGCUUUGGGGGGAGGGGAGAACAUGGGGCAAGGACCCUAAGAUACUAGAAGAUUGAUGGUGAUCUACAAUUUUCUAUAUAUUGCAAGAAAAACGUUUUCCCAGAAAUAUGGGGUAGAACCCAGUUACAGUGAACUCUGAUACUGUAUCUUGAAAUUCAACUUCUGGUGAAGUUUUCCUGCAAUUCUUGUUUCCUCUGUUAAUGUUGGUGGAUUCUACCCACCUUUUCAUCUUUUAACAGUGGUGAAGUCAUUUAGUCCCUACUUAGUGAGUCAGAAGAACCCAAAGUCCCUUACAAGUUUGUGCAUGCUUUUUCUCUGCAAAACUUUUGAUGAUUUCUGUUCCUUUUUUUUCCUUUCUAUUUUUAGCAAAAAAAAAAAAAAAUAAAGUACCUUUUGAUAGGGUCCUGUUUCCUAUGUAUGCAAAAUAAAAAUCAAUUUGGG